UAUCGCGGCCGGUCGUUCGUUCGUUAGUUUGUCGGUCCGUCCGCCUAGGUUCAGUAUGUUCCAAUGUUUACUCGCACGUACAGGUCUUCUCUCAUUCGUGGAUAGUUCCUAGCGCGUAAAGACGUGGUUUAUGAAUAUUCCUAACCGGCGUGGUUCAAAUUCCUGAGAGUAUUUUUGCCGUGCAAAAAGUGCUACUGAUGGUGAAUUUUCUGGUGUUUGAGCCAAGACAAAUUGCUUAGCUGACACCGGACCCCUGCAGGGACGACGAGGACAAGGUCGUGCAAUUCACGGAACCUGGUGAGACACUGGCAAGUACCGCACGUCUUCACUCCCAGCGGGUUGGCGUCUGUUGGCGCGUGGAAUUUUGUGGUUGUGAAAUUGGAGUUUACGAGCGGUUGUGCAUGAAAUUUCUCAGAAAACCGCGGGUAGAAAAUUGGAGCAAAAAGUGCCGGUGUUUUUCAUGAUGGUGCAACAUUACGUAUAACGUCACACAACCGAGGGUGAUAAGAGAAAGAGUCGUCGAAUGCGUUGUGCAUGCGAAUGGUGUGAAUGUGAAUAUUGAAGAUCUUCGUCUCUGCGGGCUUUGGCCUACUAUGAUGCUCGGUUGGUGAAGUGGUGAAGAGUGAAAAGAGAAUCAAUGGAAAAAAAUCGUUGUGCAAAUUGCUUAAUGAGCCAUCAGUGAUUGUGGUCGUCGUCAGUCGACAUAUAUAUUUUUUUUUUGUGUCAUCCAGACCCAGUGAGCGAGCGGCAAGUCUGUGAAUGUUCCGUGACAUAAUAAUCAAUCAAAUUGAAAGCGCGGUUGGAAAAAGGAAAACGUCGGAAGUUCUGCUGGUGAAGACCGGGGUCACCGCAGUUUGGUUGGUAGUCAGGCAGACAGUAGAGUUAUUGCAUAUCAUUAGCACAGAUUUCGUCCAUUGUUGUUGUCAUCAAUCAACGGGACUUUGGAGCGAGCGGCGGGAAUCAACUGAGGAGUCAGACGCUGGAACAAAGGUUCUCUGGAUGUUGGAUCUGAUGCUGGCGGAAUAAACUCAACAAAUCCCUAUUUUCAAAGAUGUCACGUUCGAACUUUCAACGCUCCCAGAGUCGAGUUUGGUAUGGCAACGGUAACAGUGUGCCAGAUAAUCCCUUCUACGGGGAUGCCCUCGCCAUGGGUAGUGGAUAUUAUUUUCACUACAAUCAACUGCAGGGGCGGCAGCCUUCGUCACUGAGGCCUUCGCAGCCGAGCAGUUUUCAGGAUUUGGAGGAGGAAGAGGAACUGCUGGUGCAGACGACGCCCGAAAAGCAAAUCAAUGGCAAUGUGAACACCAGUGCCGGUAGCACCAACAGUAGCGGAUCUGCCAGGAGUGGCAGCACAGUUUGGAAUGAGGCCAACCGUCAGGGCAGCCCGGCUAGUCACAAAAGUCAGGACUCUGGAUUUUCGGACACAGAACUCUCACCGAACAUGCCAUCGAUAAAUAGCAAUACCAGCUCAAAUAGUAAGAAUUUCAAUGAAUCCUCACCGGACAAAUUGACACCAAAGAGAACCAUCAACGAGCAGCUCUUCCAGCGAUCGCCUUCCAUCUCCAGUGAAGUGUCCACCCCACCGACCGUAAUUCGACGACCUGCGCCGGAGAUAACUCGCGAUGAAAUUACCGCACGACGAAUAUCGUACAGUGAACCCCACUCGCCAACGCUUUCUCCCGCAGAUCCAUGCGAGGACCUGGUGUCCAAAAUAGAUAGCCUCAACUUUGAUAAUACAUCGCCCCUCGACGGUAGUCAACUGAGCGGGAAGUUCAAUACCACCGAAGAAGAUGGUUGCCCAUCGUCGACGGGACCUUCAUCGCUGUCGUCAUCUUGCCACUGUCCCACUCGAAGCAGUGGAAGUUCCCUCAAGCGUGGUCGAGUCAUAACCAAAUGCAGUCGAGUUAAGCGAAACCUCAACCACCAGUUGCGAGACUCCGAAGAGGAGAUGAUCUCGCUGGAUAGCAGUGAGCUAACGAGCAUCCUUAACCAAACUCUAGCGCAGGACGUCAGUCUGUCGGCGUUGAAAACUCCAAAAAGCAUCCUCAAAUCACCCCCAUCCUACAACAACGAAACCGUAUUCCUUGGGUACGUUUCACCCGACCGCAACAACAAUCUCCGCUCGAAAUGCGGCGAUAAUAUUCCCACCCGGGACAAAGAACUCCCCUCCUACGCUGAACUCUACCCGAACGGGACCUCAACUCCCAUCAUGUACCCACCAAAGUUCUACCGCUCACUCCCCCCAACUCCAACUCGAACGCAACGCAGUCCCGCCAAGCUACGUCCCACCAAGCUGAUCGACAACUUCUACGAAGAACCUGACCCAGACCCGAACCAUCGUCUCUCCUCCAAAGCCGAACUGACCUUCACCGAGUACGACAACCCUCUGCUCAAUGGGCACACCCCCGCCGUCCAAUCGUGGCUCGACGGACUCAGGUUUUCCUACCAAAGUGAAGUCAUGUCCAUCCUGCAAACGAAAUCGAUCAGCGUGGAAGCCACUCGGAACAUCAAGAUGACUUCGGCAACCGCGGUGAAACUGAUCCGCCAUCUCCAGUCCAAGGUCAUUUCCCUGCAGGGAGAAUUCGAGAAGGUCGAAAAAGUGUUCGCCUCAAUCAAACGCUACCAACAGCAACAGGAGGAAGAAGACGAAGACGACGAGAAGGAGAUCUACCAAAAGGCGGCACCGUUGGUGCAGAGCCUGGCUGCCAACAUCUAUGAAUUCAUUCAGAAGCAGAAAUCAAACGACUACUUCGGGAAGGAUUCGACGGAGCGGGUGGAUCUGAAAAAGUUCCAGGAGAACAGUCAAUCGCUGGUCGAUAUGACGACGGAUCUGAGGAUUGCGGCAGCCAAUGGGGAGGAUUUCGACUACCGAUCGGUGGAAGAGGAAGUCCAGAUCAUCAAGCGGUACUUCCUGAUUACUAUUCGGUUGAUUUUCAAAAAUUUGGUCAAGGUGAUCGUCGACACGAUCGAGGACUCCAAGUGUGAUUUGAUUCUGCGGUCGAAUCUGAGCUACGUUUCGAUGCUGUCCAAUUUGGACUUCCAAGGGUUGGCUUCGCUGAACGAUGCCUUCAUCUCGAAUGGGACGGUCCGGGCACUGUUGAUCGUGUGCAUUGAGUGCAAGUUUUCGUCGAUCAGGGCGUUGACUUUGAGAGCUCUGGCAACGGUGUGUUCGACGACGGAAACGAUAAGGCAGCUGGAGAAGGCGGACGGGGUGGAGAUUCUGCGGGAUAUUCUGGCCGAUCAGAAGUCCAACGAGCGGAGCGAGCCGGAAUUCCGGGAGGCAGUGUCGGUGCUGACGCAGAUUACGGCUCCCUGGCACGGGGAGGACCACCGGAUAGACGGGCUGAGGCAGCAUGUGCACGCGAUCGUGGAAGCCGUCACGGAGAUUGUCGAUAAAACAACCUGCUGUCAGACGUUGCUAUUGUGUUCCGCGUGCCUCAACAAUCUAACCCGCAUCGAGGCCACUGCCGUCUACUCGCUGAUGUCCCACGAAGCUGCCGGGAAGCUGAAGGCGGCCGCCGACCGACGAGGACCCGGUGCAUCGAUAUUUCUCUUUGAGCAAAUCACCUCGAUGCUGUACAACAUGUCCUCGAACAAGAAAUCGCACCAGCACCUGACCGGCCGCCCGUUGGUGACCUUCCUCACCGGAACCUUCAAUCAGAAGUUUUACGAACGAAUGGACAGCCGCGUGGAAACCGAAGCCCAGCGCAAGACAAUCAAAAACAUCCUCCACGUCCUGUCGCGGCUCGUCUCGAGCGGUGCCAUUGGAUGCCACGACGAACUGCUCGAGUCGACAAUAGUGCCGAUUUUUUCCCGCUUCGAGCGUACCCUGGACGAUCGGAACGAGCACUUUCGGGACAUUUCCCAAUUGAACCGACGACUGAAUGAGAGCCUAUCCGGUGCCGGUGCUCCGAGGGCGACUCCUCCACCGCCGCCGCCGCCGCUUUCGAUUGGGACAACCGCAAAUCCGUACAUAACAAGAUUAACCAUCGAACGGCAACCCAACGGGGGCAUCAUUAUGCUGGACAACAACCGCCAGGAGAGUUACGUUUGAUGAGCAUCGAAUUGCUGUGUGUGUGUGUGUAUGUGUGCAAGAUUCGAUAAGCUCUUAAUGCGAUUGACUUGUGUGGGGCUGAAAUAAAUCAGUCUGCGGUGUAGUGGCAGCCUUAUCAACGGAACUAGUUGAUACACCGCUGAAUUGUAACCGAGAGGCCUACCCGUUUCACAGAAGUCAAUAAAUUAUUCAUGAUUUGGAUAAACGCGAAUUGUAUACGACUAUAGUGAUGAACUACAUCCAACUGAUCAGUGGUGCCCUUGAGGUGGAAAAUUGCAACAAACAAGCCAAUUUGUGCCCGAGAGUUGACUGGGAUGGAUGCUGGGAGGGUGAUUACGAUAUUUACAUAUGCCAGUGCCAAAUAAAUUGUGCGUCGUUAGAAGCGACGACAGCGGAAUAACAUUCAUUGUAGGAAUACUUUACCGUAGGUGCCAUAGCCAUGUACCCGUGUUGGAGCGUGUUGGAUUAUGUAAAGGACAUAAUUUAAGGCUAAGUGAAAGUAGUUUUAAGGAUCAGAUUCAUUAAUAUAUGCGAGUAUUUGGUAGACUUUAUAGUGACAUUACAGCGAUGUGGCUCGAAUCACAUCAGGGUUCAACCGAAUUG